UGUUGAUCUGCAGGUUAUAUGUCGUUUUAAUUAUAACAAAUUAUGAGAGUAAAGAAUCAAAUUAUGUAAUAUUUGCCUCUCUUUAUUUCAUUAAGAAACAGUUCUCUCUAAACAUUAUUGAAAAGCAAGAUUAGUUCUCUGUAGUUGGAAUAUGACUUUGUACUUUUGCACAUAUUGAAACAAGAACUGCUUAAUAAUCUUCAUUUUUAGUUUUACCAGUGAGAAAUCUCAAAUAUGUACUGUAAAUGCACAUUACUAGUCAACUUCAUUACCUUCUUGUCAUCAGUGGGUGAAGUCUCCCUUGCAAUAAGUUCUUGAAUUCCAAAUAUUCAAUUUGAUCAUGGCAUAACAAUUUUGACCCGAACCGGAUGGUUUUUUUUUUUUGGUAUUUAUAUUUUGUGGGAAGAUUCCAAAAAGCAUUCUUCAGUAUGGAAACCUGCUAAAGGAUUUAAUGUGACUUUUUCUUCUAUUGCAUUUUGAGACUCAUUAUGAUGGUAGUAUAUGUCUCAGAUUUCAACACCGGGCACAAUAGUGUCAUAAAGCUGGUGAAGGCCAAGAUGAAUUUCCUUAUCAUAUCAGUGAGUGACAUGUUUAACCUUUUAAAGGGAAUGAAUGGUACACUUCUUGGAGUUAUCCUAAUAAACCAGUGAAAGUCUGCAAGUGAUGGAGGACAGUGGAAGGUUUGAAGAGAAGUCCUUUUCAAGUGGGGAUGUCUACAUUGGUAAAAUCAAGGGCAUACUGCCCCAUGGGAAUGGAAAGUACACAUGGUCAGAUGGAACAGUAUAUGAGGGUGAUUGGGUGGAUGGGAAAAGGACAGGGAAAGGACUGAUUAUAUGGCCAUCAGGAGCAAAGUAUGAGGGUGAAUUCUCUGGGGGUUACCUUCAGGGUUAUGGCACCCUUACAAGAUCUACUGGGUGCAUUUAUACAGGUGGCUGGAGGAUGAAUGCUGAGCAUGGGAUAGGACGGAAGGAGUAUUUUAAUUCAGAUAUUUAUGAAGGUUUAUGGAAAGAAGGAAUUCGUGAAGGAAGUGGAAGGUAUUCUUGGAAAAAUGGAAAUAUGUAUAUUGGGAUUUGGAAAAAUGGGAAAUUAGAUGGAAGAGGGGUUAUGAAGUGGGCUCAUGGUGAUGUUUUUGAUGGUUGUUGGGUAAAUGGACUCAGACAAGGAUAUGGCGUUUAUAGAUAUGCAGAUGGGGGGGUUUAUCUUGGGACAUGGAGUAAGGGCCUAAAGGAUGGAAAAGGAACAUUCUAUCCUGCUGGUAGUAAACAACCAUCUCUAAGGAAGUGGUGCAGCGCUCUCAACAGUGUUGAUGAUGGUUUGUUAUUGAAUACAGAGAAACAUAUGGCUCCAAAAUCAAGAUUUAAGCGUAGUGUUUCUGAAAAGAUUUCAGUCAGUGGUAGAUCAAAAAGUUCUCGUCAAAUAUCUCACAGAACUUCAUCAUUGGAUGCAAAUUGGAGCCUUCAUGAUCCUGCUGAUGAUUGCAUAUGUCGUGAUUCCUCACCUACAUUACUGCAGAGCUUUCAUGAUGGUCAAUCUGAGGCAUCUGGUAUAAGUACUUUGGUUUAUGAAAGGGAAUAUAUGCAAGGAGUUCUAAUAAUGGAGAGAACAAGGAACUAUUCAGACAUAUCACAUAAAAAUGAACGGCAAAAUAAGUUUAGUGUGAAGCAAGUAAAGGAGAGUUCGUGUGUAGACGUUUUUGGAGGCAGCCAAAGUUAUUAUAUGAAGCUUAAUUUGCAGCUUUGCGUCAGCUUAACAAAGAUUUCUUGUAUAGACAUUUUUGGAGGACGCCGAAGCUAUUAUCUGAAGCUUAAUUUGCAGCUUGGCAUCAGGUACACUGUUGGAAAAAUUACACCAGUGCCUGCACGUGAAGUUCGGUCUUCUGAUUUUGGAGAUCGAGCUAGGAUAAGGAUGUACUUCCCGAAGGAGGGUUCACGGUUGACUCCUCCACAUUGUUCUAUAGACUUCUACUGGAAAGAUUAUUGUCCUAUGGUCUUCAGGAAUUUGAGAGAGAUGUUCAAAUUAGAUGCUGCAGAGUACAUGAUGUCCAUUUGUGGUGAUUGUGGUCUAAGGGACAUAUCUUCACCUGGAAAAAGUGGCAGUAUCUUCUUUCUUUCCCAAGAUGAUAGAUUUGUGAUAAAGACACUGAAAAAAUAUGAACUAAAGGUUCUGCUCAAUAUGCUUCCUAAAUACUACCAUCAUGUAGGAAAUUAUGAGAAUACUCUUAUUACAAAAUUCUUUGGGCUCCAUAGAAUAACACUGAGAGGUGGGAAAAAGGUGCGCUUUGUGGUCAUGGGGAAUAUGUUUUGCACAGAACUGCAUAUCCACCGUCGUUAUGAUCUGAAAGGUUCUACUGAAGGAAGAUAUACAGACAAAGAUAAAAUUAAUAGCAAUACAACAUUGAAAGAUCUUGAUCUACUAUAUGAAUUUCAUAUGGAUAAAAAAUUGCGAGAAUCCCUAUUCAAGCAAAUUUCUCUAGACUGCAUGUUCUUGAAGUCUCAGCACAUAAUUGAUUACAGCCUUCUGUUGGGAUUACAUUUUAGAGCUCCAGAGAAUCUAAAGGCCUUAGUGGAAUCUCCUGGAUCAAUGCAGCUUCAGGAUAGCUUACCUUCUGAAGAUGAUGCACUCAAAAAAGGGGAGGAGUUGAUUAUUCCUAAAGGCUUGUUAUUAGUUGCCCAUGAACCUGACUCUGUCAACACUGCACCUGGACCCCACAUUAGAGGGAAUACAUUGAGGGCAUAUUCCAUAGGUGACAAGGAAGUUGAUCUUUUACUGCCUGGUACUGCAAGGUUGCGAGUGCAAUUAGGAGUAAACAUGCCAGCUCAAGCGACUCGCAAGCUUCAAGAGGAUAAGGUGGAUGCAUCAGAAGUAGAACUAUUUGAGGUUUAUGAUGUGGUACUCUACAUGGGCAUAAUUGAUAUAUUGCAGGAAUAUAAUAUGAAAAAGAAAAUUGAGCAUGCCUACAAAUCUCUGCGAUUUGACCCCAUGACUAUAUCAGUAGUAGAACCCAAUAAGUAUGCUGAACGUUUCAUCAAUUUCCUUGAGAAAAAAGUUUUCCCAGAAACUCCCUAAAUAUGUAUUUUAACCUGCCCUUUUUUUGUUUAAUCCUUUUUUGUAAUUAAUCAUUCCAAAGGAUUAUUAUUUUAUUUUAUUACCUCAGUU